GAGCGAUUGAAUAAGAAAUGUACUCGUUGUUGUCGGCAAUUUCACAUUUCGUAUAGUUGCAAAAAUCUCAAUAUUCAAUUACACUUGACGGUAAUAAAAAGUGAACUUGGCUUAUGAUGUAGUUUUAGUGGUUGUGUUCACAAUAUCGGCACCUUCUUUGUUUUGAGAAUUAUAACGUAAGCGAUUAACAAUAGUUUAAACCACAAAGUAAACAUAAGUACAUUAACUCUUUUGUGCGAACUGCCCAGGAAAGGCAAAUCAGUAUGAAGAAAAUCGGCUCGGAAGAAAAAUGAAGACGAAUUUGUCCUCAACAAGUAUUACAGCAAAUGAAAGGCAACAAGCUAUAAACACUGAUAACAAAUCUAUAAGCCCAUGUUCUAGCCCUAGAAGUAGUCCUAGGCCAUCACCUAGACCACAAACUAAAAGGGAUCAUUCUAAAUCGGACAUACUUUUGACUGUAAAUUAUAACAAAGACCAAUCAUCAUUCAAGCAUGAAGGAUCUCCUUCUAGUCAGGAAGGUUCAAUUAGUGGUCGUCUAAGUAAUACAAGCAAUGUUGAAGUAACUCUACCGCAGGCAGAUACUAAGAGUGAAUCAGGUAGUAAUUCUAUAAGAGAUAAAAGGGACAGUAGAUCUAAGAAGAAAUCUUCUUGGUUCAACUUCUAUCCUUCGUAUAAGUCUAGAUCUGAGGACUUUAAGAGACUUUUCAAAGAAGUGCCUGAUGAUGAGAGAUUAGUAGUUGAUUAUUCCUGUGCCCUGCAAAAGGAGAUCCUUGUGCAAGGUAGAUUGUACGUAACGCAAAAUUAUUUAUGUUUCUACGCUAACAUUUUUGGAUGGGAAACUAAUCUUACGUUAAAAUGGAAGGACGUAGCUUCUAUAACCAAAGAAAAAACCGCUUUAGUUAUACCGAAUGCUGUGUUGAUAAGUACCAAGAGCGACAAGUAUUUUUUUACCAGCUUUGUUGCCAGGGACAAAACCUAUCUGAUGUUGUUUCGUUUUUGGCAAAAUGCUCUUAUGGAUCAACCUAUGUCUGCACAGGAAAUGUGGCAAUGGGUUCAUCAAUGCUACGGUACUGAACUCGGUUUAACUAGCGACGACGAAGAUUAUAUUGCCCCUGUGACAGAGGAGGACAAAUUUUCUGUCAAAUUAUCAGACUCCUUUACAGAGCAGGAGUGCAAUAGUGCUGUAGAAGGUUUAAUAAACCAGUUCAUUAUGGAAGAUAAAAUAAUAGAGGACGAUGCCAAAGAUGGCAUUGUUCUGGGACACAAACGAAAUGGGUCCGACUCACACAUUCCAACAGAUGUUACAGAUAAUUCUGAAUCUGAUGCUGAAAAGCCAAUAAAAAGAAACAAUUCCUUUCCCUUCCCAAGAGAGAAUUCCUUCUCCCUUCACACCCCACCAACCCCUGAUUCUGAUGACUGUGCUCCGGUUUUGGAAAGUCCAGAGUCUGAUGUUAGUGUACGAUGUACUUCUUCUCACGAAGGUAGACAAUUAAUGAACGAAGUCGUACCAAUACAUAUAGAUCAAUUAUUUACGCUUCUAUUCACCAGUUCCAAAUUUUAUUUAGAUUUCCACGCAGCUAGAAAGACAACAGACCUAACCCAGACGCCGUGGACCCAUAACCCUUUAGAUAAUAGUAAAUGUAGAGUCGUCAAUUCAACGGUAGCUCUUAGCCAGACUAUGGGUCCCAAAAGUGCUCAAGUCACUGAGACACAUACUAUGCUUCCGUGUAGUAAAGCAGGUAACCUUUAUUCCAUAGAUGUAGAUACAAUUAACGGAGGAAUACCUUAUGGUGAUAGUUUUUGUGUAUUGGCCCAUUAUUGUCUCCAAAAAGUAUCGGAAACUCAUAGCAUGAUUACCGUUUUCGCUCAAAUUAAAUACAAAAAGUCGGUUUGGGGAUUAGUGAAAGGUAUGAUUGAAAGGAAUUGCUGGGCGGGACUGGAAGACUUUUUUGCUCAUUUGGCGAGAGCAUUGCAUGCAGAGGGUGAAGAAAAUAUUCCAGAAUUGAAGAGGAAGUCGAAGCGGAAAAGAAGACUUCAUAGUAUUCCUAGAUGUAGUUUAGAAGAUGCUAGAAUAAGUGUGCCACAUAGGAAAAAACUUCAAGGUAGUGGAAUUUUUAGCACGGAUGUUUGUACCAUAAUAGUAUUCUUUGUUCUUAUUUUAUUAUUAAUAUUAAAUAUAAUUCUGUAUUACAAAUUGUGGUCGUUAGAAGAGACAUCUCCAUAUACUAUUUUAGACUUGCGCGAAUUAAAGAAUCCCCCUAAAUCUCACGAUGAAUGGAUCAGGUUGUUGCAACAGCAAGAAGCUUUGCAUUCAAUAGAGGCACAAAAAUGGCAGAGGAUAUUGAGAACUUCAAUACAACUCCUAAGACAGGCUGAGGAGUCACUGAAUGAAUUACAACGUUCAAUUCAUCCUACGUAUAGAAGUAAAGUGAUGUCUAUUAUACAAAACCAACAGGACGAGGAAGGUAAAGAAGAAAUGUAGAUAGUGUAAUUUAUUAAAUUAUCUAUUUUACGUCAUUGCGCACUGUGUUAUAUUUUUAGUCUAGAUCUAGAUUUUAUGAAUUGUUCCUGUACACACGAUGAAAAAAAUUGAUUAUGACGAA